AUGAACCAGUCGAUCCAAAACAUCCUCACACAUGUCCGCCCCGGUUUCGCACUUUCCAGCCAGAACACGGUCUCACAGAGUCCGAAUCCUCAGCCCGAAGCGAAUCCAUCCAUCACAUGGACUGGUCCUGAGACCGGAUCUCAAAUGUGGCAGCAACCUCAACAGCUACCUGAAAUAACCUCUUUCGAUCUCAGUCCGACAGUGGACCGAGUAUCCUUUCCAUUAGGUGCGCCGCCAUUAAAUAAUGGCAGAUCCGGCCUGCCCACUACAGACAUCUUGGAGGACCUCGUUGAGCUUUUCUUUGAACUUGUCCAUCCGUGGAUGCCCAUGUUCUACAAACCAAGCUUCACGGGCAGCAUGUUCGCACCAGAGCGUCAGGUGAUCCUACAUGCAGUUGUGGCGGUGACUUUUCGCUUUUGGAGGAAACCUCUACCUUCCUCCAAAGAGCGAGAUGACUUCGUCGAUAUCUCCCGCGAACAGGUCUUGCUGAAGACCAUCGACGCGUGCACGCUGGUGUCGACCCAAGCCCUUGCACUUUUGGCACUGGAUUCCCUGGGCCAAGGCCCUGGCCCGAGAACAUGGAAUGUCAUGUCGAUGCUCGUGGCUGCCGCACGACAUCUUGGUCUCGCGAAGAGUCCUUCACCCACGACGCCUGAGACGAACACACCACUUGUCAGAAAUGAGGAUGACGACGACGGAGCGGGCGUGUCCAACGUUGCCUUAGAGGAGAAGCGACGGCUAUUCUGGAUUAUCUACAGUCUUGAUCGCUUCUCCAGCGCAUCGCACGGGCAACCGGGAGGUAUUGACGCCAAAAAUAUCCGACUACCAUAUCCAGGAAAUGACCAAGACUGGGCACAGUCUGCAACCACCGAAUGGUUUCAAGCGGACACACAACCCAACUUCUCCCACACGCGUUGCUCUGCCAGCCUAUGGCAUCACACUAUAGACCUGCUGGCUUUGAUGGAUCGUACAAAUCAACUUCUCGUUAAGCCAUUGGAUCUGAACCUCCCUGCUCACUGCCAAGAGUGGCAGAGCAUUUUCCGGCGCCUGGACCUCACCAUAUCUACGUGGUUUGCAAACCUCCCGCGUGAGGUUCGGGAGCGACCACCAACUUUUGAUCCUAUGUGGAUCAUGCUUCAUGCAACCUUUCAACUCAUAAACAUCAGAAUGCACACAGUAGCCGCAUUCCCAUCAGCAACCUCAACUUAUCUACGUCCGUCGCCCUCGGCGCGCGGUCGCUGUCGCCAGUGCAUUGGUAGAGUUGUGUCAUUAGCAAAAUCUCUCCAGCCUCAGGAGCUCGACCAGCUUAACCCCAUGUUCGCUUUUGUAGUGUGGGUUGCAGCAAGAAGUCUCAUCAUUUUGUGGACUACCGGUUACGAAACGACCUACGAAACUAUCCCAACCGACCUAGAUCCUCUUGUCAACGUUCUGCGGCAGAUGGGCUUUCGAUGGCCUUGUGCACAAAGAUAUGCCGAUAUCAUACAGCUCAUCCUGGACACCAAGAACGACCCCAAUGGCUCUGCUGGUAUUGGCAUUUUCAAUGACACGAGACGGACCUCGUACGGUCUCCAGACCCUCCUGGGAUCUCUAAUAGCUCCUCCAACCCAAGAAGCUUUUCCAAACUCCUUUGAUUUCCUCGAUAUGAGUUUCCCAGACUUUAGCGAUGUCGGGACGUCAAGAAUGGGGUUUUUGAGGCCGGAAAACGAUGGUGAUUGGCUGUAA